CAGCACUCAGGAAACACCAGCUAAGCAACACAUUCAAUAUCUCCUGUCACCUCCAAGAACAAGCAACUUUUUAAAUCCCAUUCUAACCGCCAUUAUGCUUCCCAAGUCCGCUCUGUGCUUAGUUGUCACGGUGAUGCUCGCCCUUGUCCUUCCGGCGAGUGCAGCACCUCAACCGAUCACCAUGCGCGCAACGUCCGAACUCAGCUUGACAGCUCAGCUGCGACUUGCAGAUACUGCCAUUGAACGUUACCAGCUCCUCCCACAAGACGAAGACUUUGUCUUCAAUUUCACCACAAGUGAGCUUCCGAUUGCCACCAGCCAGAAUUUUCCGGCCCUUGUAGGCACUAGUGCCUCCUUCAGCAUCUCACAAUUGCCAGGGUGCGGCAUGAGCUUUCUCCAUCUCCACCCUCGUGCGACUGAGCUCUUCGCCAUUACCUCGGGACGCGUGUUGUCCGAAAUGGUCCCGGAAGCGGGCGUCCUGGACUCUGAAGGCAAGCAGCGAGUCAUCCGGGCGGAGCUCAGUCCCGGCAUGUUGACCAUCUAUCCGGCUGGCUCGUUUCAUACGCAGGUGAACCCGGACUGUGAGCCGGCCCAUUUCGCGGCAGCCUUCACAUCCGAUGAGUUUGCCGUCGGUUUGGUCGCACAGCAGACAUUUUCCCUCAGCGAUGAUGUUAUUGCCGCUACCUUUGGGCAGAGCAUUGCCGGUGAGGAUAUCGAGACGGUGCGGGAUGCUAUUCCGAAGACCAUGGCCAUCCAGGUUGAGGAGUGCUUGAACAAGUGUGGUAAGCAGAAGCGGCAAGCUUGAUCAGCUCGGAGUAGUAUCUCUCGAAAUGCGACUGGACACGCGAACCUUCGUCGGCGGCCGGUAGUACCUACUUUAGAAGUAGCAAGAUGAGUAUAUAUUGAAUAAGCAAAGCUAUUGGAGUUGUUAGGUCUGUAACUGAAACGACCUUGCGAUAUAUGAAGA